AUGUUCUCUGGCGGCAUGAUGCAGGUGUAUGUCUGGGUGAUACUGCUAUGGCUGCAGCUAGUCCAAGCAGCAUUCAUCCGACGGGAAGACUGCAGUUCUACCCAAAACGCAUUGGUCAACCCCAUCUUUGAGCCGUUGACUCUAGGCGGUGGGCUCGAUAUAGCCGAUGAUUCUACGUCAUUAUGGCUGAAAAUAAUGGGCGAUUACCAUGGAUCGGACUGUGAAGAGGUCGAUGGUGCUUUUGCAAAUGUUCUCGUCGACGUCAAGGUCCUUGGGGAGACGGUGGGUUAUCAGUUUGAGUCGAAUGCGAGCUGUCCGACUGUUCCUAUUACUGGUCAUUUUCGGUAUGAUCCUCAAACGUAUACGACAUACCGGACUGCCUACUCCUUAGGCAGUGCAUAUCGACUCAGUACAUUGGCAACCACUAUCCGUGUCCGACUGAACAAUGGUAGCGACGUCGCCUGCAUGGCAGCCAACAUUACGCCUGAUCUUGGGCCUGUCGCAUCUAACCUGCUCAAAGGGAUUCCAGUGGCCAUUCUCAUUCUAUCCGGCCUUAUUUCGAUGGCUUUAAAAACAUCUCGCAGUCGAUCGAGUAUGUUCCGGUAUGAAAUCGCUAACAGCCAACGAGAUCCUGUCGAGCCAUUCCUCCCUGGUAUCGGUGAUUGUCUGCAGUAUAUGCAGUUUAUCUUCAUGGCUGGUUGUCUGACGCUGUCGUAUCCUGGGUUCUUCAAGCCUAUUGUUAGCCAGUUUUCGUGGUCGUCGCUUAUAUAUGCGAAUGGGCCUAUUGCGCAUGAGUUCCUCUAUCCUGGCGUUCAGGACAAUAUCUAUUCGAUCAACGGAACAUAUGGACUUGAAUUGAUGGCGCAGGUACUGGGUGCGACAACCAUGACGGAUCUGUGGACAAACGCAACUAUCAAUCUGUCAGUGAUGGUGCUCAUCCUGGUAGUGAUGAUCCAACUCGCCUCGUUAUUCAAGUGGAUGUGGAGAUUACUUUCGACACCCCAGUCGGGGAAUAUCGAAAUGAAAGCCGACUUUCUCGCUCAUAUACAACAUGCCGGAUGGAGUGUUCUUCGAAUGGUUCUGCACUAUUACAUCUUUCCGAUCGUGACAUUCUCGCUAUACCAAUCACACGUCGCCAAGUUCUUCCCCGUCUAUCAGACUUUCCUCGCCGUCCUGCUUGUUUCCCUUCUAGCUGUCUCGUUGGGAUUUGUGGUUAGGUAUCUCGGUCUUCAUGAUAAGCAGAAUCUGUUCUUCACGGAGAGUAGUCUACCUCGAUCGUCGCAGAGUUGGCUUUCUGACGCUUUAUACGGACUUCCGUUACUCCGAGGGAUCAUCAUCGGUGGGCUGCAGAUAUCUGGGAUUGGGCAGAUAGUAGCUCUGGCUAUUUGUGAAAUUGCUCUGAUUGUUGCUCUGUUUUCCCAUCGAUAUACGUCGCCUGUCUGGAAGGGUAUCUCCAUUGCAGUGGUGAGAUUAACCACGAUUCUCAUGAGUUGUGCCUUUCUCCCGUCUGUUGGACUGAGUGAGGGCACGAAAGGAUACGUGGGAUACUGCAUUCUAUCCUUCCACGCAGCUGUUUUAAUAUUUGGUUUCUUCGCCAACUCCAUCUUGAACGUUCUAAAACUCGUCCUGAGAAGGAAGAAUAUCCUCGAUCCGCAUUCUGUUGAUCCAGAAGAUAGACCUCCAGUAUUCGGACUGGAUCAGCUAUCUCGACGAUCGAAGCGAAAUAUGAGUUUCUCGCAUCUGCCUGCGUUGAGUCCUGACCCCGCCUGUAUCCCACACCAUUCUGUACGAGGAUCAUCUGAAGAAUCCCACUCCAUGGAUGGACACUUCUACCGACAGCCUCGAUCGAGAAAUUAUACGUCCAUGUCUCCGUCUGAAGCGACGGGGACUGUGGAGUCUAUCCCGUCUUCCUCGGACACGGAAAGUCGUGGGUCGACCGAAACAGACUUUGAAGAACGGCGGUCAGACGUCGACUAUUCCGUUCGUGAAGCAGAUCAAUAUUACCGUCGACGAGAAAUCGUCAUGGGCUCGUCUGAGCCACCACGAGAAUCAGAUACAUUCUCGCGUUGGCGACCGAAGAAGGAAAAAGGAUUUGAAGUCGUACGAUCCAGCAGUUGA